AUGAGGAACUUUAUAUUAAAAUUUAAAAAUAAGUUAACUGAUAAUUCUUUUGAAAAUCUCAUUUGGUUGAUCAAUCUCUUCCCUAAUAUGUUAGGUUUCUCUUAUUUUGGUGUUAAAAUUAAAGGUAAAUGUUACAAUGGCAUCUGGAAAAGUUUAAUAAAUCUUCUCGAACUUGCUAAUAAGAACAACAACAUGGCAAUGGAGUCUGAAACAAGUGCUGAUAAACUUAAACAAAUAAUAAAAUCUAUCAAAAAAUUAAUAAUUAUUUGGUACUUAUUUCAUUUAAUAAACGGAGUUUUUGUGUUCAUACCAAAAAGAAUAUCAGAAAUGAAUGAUUGUUCAUUAUCGUCUUGUGUUGGAUUAAAACCACUAUCGGAAAGACCAAAUAAAGAAGCAUGUAUGGUGAUCCUGACUGCACAUGCAUUAUUUUGUAUAAUCACAACCGCAGCCUAUGAUGCAACAUUUUUGUUUUUAUUUGCUCACACGGCAUCCAUGUUUGAGAUUCUAAAAGAAGAAACAAUAUCUUUAAAUGAAAUUUACCAAACUUCAAAAUAUGAGCACCUUGAAGACACACAAAUCGUUACGGAAAGACUUAAAAACCUAAUAAAUCGUCAUUCCUUAAUUUUGCAUACAGUUAAAAAAAUACAAAGUAUAUACAAUAUUGCCGUUGGUAUAAGUUUAGGUUUAGAAGCGAUUUCGAUGUGUUUGUUCUUUGUGUUACCGUUUGAGGCAGUUUUAAACUUAGUGCCGAUUAUAAUUCAUGGUCUUUCAAUGUUCUUCUUGUAUUGUUAUCAAGGACAGAAGAUAACCACUGCUGCAGAGGGAUUUGAAAUGGCGGUGUAUUGCUGUGGAUGGGAAAACUUUGAUAUUAAGGAACAGAAAAUGAUAUUAAUUAUGUUGAGACAAUCACAAAAGCCUGUUAUAUUAAAAGCAGCAUCGGUAGCCCCGAUUUGUAUAUAUUCAUUUGCUUGUACUAUGCAGUCUAUCUAUAAAUUAGUUACUGCGUUCAAAACUUAA